AUGGCAUCAAUUUUCAAGGCAGGCCACACGGCCGUCAUCACGGGAGGCGCAUCCGGAAUUGGCCUCUCCCUCGCCAAGAGAUGCUUCAACUACGGCAUGAAGGUGCUGGUCGCUGAUUGGGACGAGGAGACCCUCAGCGCGGCCCCGAAGAAUGUCGGCGGGGACAUCGGCACGAUUAAGGUCGACGUCAGCAAGACAGACGACUGGGCCAGGCUGAAGAGCAAGGUCGACACGGACUUCAACGGGCAGGUCAACCUUCUUGCCCUCAAUGCAGCCAUCGGGCUCAAGUCGUCCUGGGACUCGGCCGACGCCUUCCGUCAGGUCGUAGACGUCAACCUCUUCGGCGUGAUCAACGGCAUAAGUACCUUCCUUCCCAGCGUCAAGUCGACGGCCUCCUCCGGCUCCCCCAGCGCAGUGGUGAUCACGGGCUCCAAGCAGGGCAUCACCAACCCUCCUGGAAACCCGGCCUACAACGCCUCCAAGUCCGCGGUCAAGACUAUCGCCGAGCACCUGUCCUUCGACCUGCGGGACGAGAAGAACCUCUCCGUGCACCUGCUCGUGCCGGGCUGGACGUUCACGGGCCUGAGUGGCAACCGGCCUGGAGCGGGUAAGGAGAAGCCGGACGGCGCGUGGUGGCCGGACCAGGUUGUAGACUACCUAGAGAAGAAAAUGGCUGAAGGCCAGUUCUGGGUUCUCUGCCCAGAUGAACAGGUGACUGAGGAGCUUGAUCGCAAGCGGAUGCUCUGGGGGGCGUCGGAUGCCAUCGAAGGGAGGCCCCCACUGACUAGGUGGCGUGAUGAGUGGAAAGCAAAGCACCAGGAAUGGGUGGAAAAGCAGAAGUGA